AUGCGGUUGUUGAACACAUAUACCGGAGAGUUUCGAGAUUUCCCCAACCAUUCGGAGAUCCCGUUAUACGCCAUAUUGUCCCAUACCUGGGAUCCGAACGGAGAACAGUCGUACCAAGAUGUUAGGAGAAUCCAGGAUACGUACAAAAUCAGUGCUGCGAGUAUCUGGGAGCAGAGGUGGGGACUAUCGGCAAAGAUCCGGAAGGCAUGCGAAAUGGCUCGCAACGACGGCUAUGACUUCAUCUGGAUUGACUCGUCGUGCAUCGACAAGACUAGCAGCUCCGAGUUGCAAGAGGCUAUCAACUCGAUGUACCCCUGGUACGGCAGUGCUCACACCUGCUAUGCCUUCCUGUCGGAUGUACCGUCCUCAACCCACGUAAAAGUGAAGGGCUCCGCAUUCCGCGAGAGCCGAUGGUUCAAGCGGGGAUGGACGCUUCAAGAGCUCAUCGCACCCCCGUGGAUCGUCUUCCUUUCCUCAGAGUGGAAGGUCUUGGGAACAAAGGAUGGGCUGGUGGACGUCAUUCACGAGAUCACGCUGAUCAGCCGCCGCAUCCUGCGACACGAGGAUUCGCUAGACACGGCGAGCAUCGCGCAGCGGAUGUCGUGGGCGGCAGGACGCCAAACGACUCGAGUCGAGGAUCAAGCGUAUUCGCUGCAAGGUCUCUUAGGGAUCAACAUGCAUACACUCUACGGAGAGGGCGAGCAGGCGUUUCGGCGACUGCAGGAGGAGAUUCUCACGAGAUACCCUGACCAGAGUAUACUCGCAUGGGGAACCGUU